GUCAGUCACCACCACACAACAGCAGCAGCCAGCCAGCAGCAAGCAGCGAAUUGAGAUUAGAGAGCACAUUCGACUUUCCACUUCCUCCUCAAACAACACGAUCACAGGACAACGACGACGACACAACUUACGUAUCACUGAAGAUUACCAGUCGAUAAUUUCCUUCCCACUUAUCCAAGAAGCGAUACUACGCAGAUAAGAAGGCGAGGCCAGUUCACAGCUGAGAGGAGAACAGGACCCUUAAUUCACCCUUAGGAGGAGGGACUCAAGCAGCUGGUGGUGUGCACAAGGAACGAGGUGGAGGUCAAGAACUCAAUUAAAGUAAGACCACGACGUUGUCAGAAGAUGAUGCGAAUUUAGAACUGCCCGUUUGUUUAGACGUGAUAUUCAGCCUAUAGUUUAAACGCUUUAUGAAGUAUGAAAAAUUGCUCAGCAGCAUUAUCUGAAGAGUACAAUUCAAAGAACAAAAUGAUGAUUGAAUUAGGUCUCCCGUCUCGUUAAUUGGACCAACUUUUGCACAGUUUUCGGACUAGCUAGCAAGUAGAUUUCAAGAAAUUCAAAUAGCAGUAGUGAGUCUAGCAAGCAAUCCCCUUGUCCUAUCAAAAACGACUACAAAAUGAGUGGUGGACAUUCAAGUGGCGCUGGGACGAGUGCUGUGAGAGCUCUGGCGAUGGAGUACAAGAACGUCGUUGAAGAACCCGUGGAAGGUUUCCGUGUUCGUCUUUUGAAUGACGACAACCUUUUCGAUUGGGAGGUAGCUAUUUUUGGACCACCUGACACCUUGUACAUGGGAGGUUACUUUAAGGCUCAUAUGCGUUUCCCACAGGAUUACCCAUAUUCUCCCCCAACGCUGCGAUUUCAGUCGAGAGUAUGGCAUCCAAAUGUUUAUGAGCAGAACGGGGAUUUGUGCAUUUCAAUUUUGCAUCCCCCAGUUGAUGAUCCCCAGAGUGGAGAGUUACCUUGUGAACGUUGGAACCCAACUCAGAAUGUGCGGACCAUUCUUCUAUCAGUGGUUUCAUUGCUAAAUGAGCCAAAUACAUCAAGUCCUGCAAAUGUGGACGCAUCUGUUAUGUAUCGGCGAUGGAAGGAGUCAAAAGGAAAGGACAAAGAAUACGAAAACAUCAUAAAGAAACAAGUCGGGUUGUCCAAAGCUGAAGCCGAAAAGGACGGAGUAGUUGUUCCGUUAACAUUAGAAGACUACAUCGUCAAGACCAAACCUCCAGAAAAUAAUUUGGAACUAACAGAUUUCUACGAUGAUGAUUAUGAUCUUGACAACGACGAUGACGAUGGUGAUGAGGAGGACGAAAACACACCAGGAAACUAUGAUGACGAUUCUGGUAACGGAGACGAGUCAUAAUGACUCAUCAUAGAGUUAGUUUCUCAGAAAUGUUCGUCAUUUUUCACGGAACGACACACCAGACCCUAAGCAAUCUUAAAAACUGCGUUCCCAUUUAAAUUAAUUAAUCUAUUAUCUGCCCAUGUAAUUUGUGUCGAGGGAGAGUCUUAAAUAUCAGUAAAUUAAAAUAGAAUCAGGUCACAGAUCAAGUUUAAUAAUCCCAAAUUUCUGUAUCCAAAAUUUUUUAUUAAUGUAACUUCCAAAUUAUUUAUUUUUCAAAUACAAUCCCAACAAUAAUAAUCAGAUUAAUUACAUUGUGGCUUUUCUGCAUGUGCAAAAUAAAACAAGUCAAAAUUUUGUCAAUUAAUUAUUAAUUUUCCUAUCAUAUGCUAUUUUAUUAUCCUAAACAGUCCAAUCAAGUGCAGUGUAAAGUUGGGGUGUCUGGUGAUUGCCUUUCUAGGAGCGAAUAAUAGACGAGUAGAUUAUGAUAUCCGUCUUGAUUAUUAUUAUCGUUGUGUGUACAUAUACAUGUUGCUCGUCCUCCUGGUUUAUUAGUCAGUUGUUUGAUAAUUUUGAUCCACGUCUCAUUGUAACUCGUAUAGAAGAUUUGAAGUAGGAAGGUAGAAGGUCAACAACUUUUUUGUUUUUGUAUAACUUGAACCAUUUUCAAUUUUAAUAACUGUUUUAGAGUAAAGUACUUGGAACUUUUUUCGAUAGAAAAGGGGUGAUACUACAUGUAUUUAAUGUGCGGCUUGAUUGGAAAGAAACUUUGCACCAAGUAAAUAUAUAUAAUCCACUAUGUAUGUAGUACCAUCGCAGCAUAAUACCUGUAUAGUAGUCAUUCCCCGGAAUUUGGACAUACUCGCUUAACAAAAUUCUAGAUAAUUAAUUAAAGAUGUAUUAGUUUAAUGAACAAGGUAAUGUAUGUACAAUAACUGGCUAUAAAAAAUUCCGUUAAGAGGUGUAUUUAUAAGCGAAUAGGUAUCUGAAACGAUAGGUUGUAAGCGCAUUAUAAGUGUAUACAUGGUGGGUAUUGAAAGUGCUGCUAAUUAUCUACUAUGUGUGUGCAUGCAGAGUAUUUUUGCGACUCGUAAAUACUUGAAUAAAGUUGGAUAUUAGAUUGUGUGCAAUGCUUAUGAUAUGGUGUGUUAAGAACAGAGUUAGAUUGGAACUACCCGCAUGUUGAAGUAAAUGAUAAAUUCUGUAAAAAAAACAUUUUUGAAGUGAUACUCUGAAUGAUCCACGUGCGUAGUAACUAGCAAUUAGUUUAUUUGUAUUGUAUUAUUGACUAUCAAAUAGCUGUAACUUGUUAGAGUAACAUGAUAUCAGUUGCAAGCUUUGCUAAAAUGGUGAAAUAAAGAUUUUAACAAAAUGAA